AGCGGGUCGAUGCGUCCAAAAUGGCGGAGCGGGGCGGGCGAGGCGGUGGUCGGAACAGCGGCGGAGGCGUCGUCGGCGGAAGCCUGGACAAGAGCAUCACCCUCCCGCCGGACGAAAUCUUCCGCAACAUGGAGAACGCCAAGCGCUUCGCCAUCGACAUCGGUGGAUCUUUGGCCAAAUUGGCGUAUUAUUCAACAGUGCAACAUAAAGUGGCGAGGGUGCGAUCUUUUGAUCAGUCAGGAAAGGACCUAGAACAUGAAUCCCCGUACGAAAUCACUGUUCAGGAGGAGAUAACAGCUCGGCUGCAUUUCAUUAAGUUUGAGAAUGCCUAUAUCGAAACCUGCCUGGAUUUCAUCAAAGACCAUCUCGUCAACACGGAAACGAAAGUGAUCAAAGCUACAGGAGGGGGUGCAUACAAAUUCAAAGACCUUAUUGAGAAGAAGCUGGGAUUAAAGUUAGAUAAAGAAGAUGUCAUGACCUGUCUAAUUAAGGGGUGCAACUUUGUGCUAAAGAACAUCCCCCAUGAAGCAUUUGCAUACAUGAAGGACGCUGACCCCGAGUUCAGAUUUCAGAUGAACCACCCACAUAUUUUCCCUUAUUUGCUAGUCAAUAUUGGCUCUGGCGUUUCUAUAGUGAAGGUGGAAACGGAAGAUAAGUUUGAAUGGAUUGGCGGAAGUUCAAUUGGAGGUGGAACUUUCUGGGGUCUUGGAGCAUUGCUUACGAAAACAAAGAAAUUUGAUGAGUUGCUGCAGCUUGCCUCAAAGGGACAGCACACGAACGUCGACAUGUUGGUGAAAGACGUGUACGGUGGAGCCUACCAGACUCUUGGGCUAAGUGGAAACCUAAUAGCCAGCAGUUUUGGGAAGUCUGCCACGGCGGACAAAGAAUUUUCCAAAGAAGACAUGGCAAAAAGUUUACUGCACAUGAUCAGCAAUGACAUUGGGCAGCUGGCUUGCCUAUAUGCCAAACUCCACAACCUGAACAAAAUAUACUUUGGAGGGUUUUUCAUUCGGGGACACCCUGUUACCAUGCGCACAAUCACUUACAGUAUUAAUUUCUUCUCCAAGGGGGAGGUUCAGGCCUUGUUCCUGAGACACGAAGGCUACCUGGGCGCCAUUGGGGCAUUUUUAAAAGGAGCCGAACAAGACAAUCCGAAUCUGUACAGCUGGGGAGAAAACUAUGCCAGCAGUUCUGGGCUCAUGAGCACAUCGCCUGAUAUCUGCCCCAUGCAGCGAGAAAGGAGUGGCACAUUUGACAUGCUGGAAAUGGAUCGCUUGGAGCGGCCGCUUGUGAACCUUCCUUUGCUGAAGGACCCCUCCGCUUAUAUCCCUGACACGGUGGACCUCACCGAUGAUGCCAUGGCCAGGAAAUAUUGGCUCUCGUGCUUUGAGGAGGCCUUGGAUGGGGUUGCAAAGCGUGCUGCGGCCAGCCAGCCAGACUCUAUUGACGCAGCUGAGCGAGCGGAGAAAUUCCGACAGAAGUACUGGGAUAAGCUUCAGACGCUGAGGCAGCAGCCUUUUGCCUAUGGCACCUUAACAGUUAGGAGUUUGCUGGAUACAAGAGAACACUGUUUGAAUGAGUUCAACUUCCCAGAUCCCUAUUCCAAGGUGAAGCAGAAAGAAAACGGCAUCGCACUAAAAUGUUAUCAGAGUGUAAUCGAAUCCUUGGAUUCUUUAGGCUGGGAGGAGAGGCAGUUUGCUCUGGUGAAAGGACUUCUUGCAGGGAAUGUGUUUGACUGGGGAGCAAAAGCAGUCUCAGACGUUCUCGAAACAGAGCCGCAGUUUGGAUUUGAAGAAGCCAAGGAGAAAUUGCAAGAACGCCCCUGGCUUGAAGAUUCCUACAAUGAGUGGCUGGAACGGCUCAAGGCCCCCCCUCAUAAAUGUGCCUUAAUUUUUGCAGAUAACAGUGGAAUAGACAUCAUUUUGGGCGUCUUCCCCUUUGUCAGGGAGCUGCUCUGUAGGGGCACAGAGGUUAUAUUGGCUUGUAACUCAGGCCCUGCUCUGAACGAUGUAACCUACAGCGAGUCCUUGCUGGUCACAGAAAAGAUAGCAGCUACAGAUGCAGUGAUUCGAUCUGCCUUGAAGGAAGAGAAGUUGCUCUUGGUACAGACAGGCUCAAGUUCACCCUGCUUGGACCUCAGCCGUCUGGACAAAGGUUUGGCCAACCUGGUCCGGGAGCGGAAGACGGAUCUGGUCAUCAUCGAAGGGAUGGGACGAGCCAUCCAUACCAACUACUAUGCAGCCCUCAAGUGUGAGAGCCUCAAACUCGCCGUCAUCAAGAACUCUUGGCUGGCCGAUCGCCUCGGCGGGAAGCUCUUCAGCGUCAUCUUCAAGUACGAGGUGCCCCUCAAAUGAUGCCGCCGAGGAGCAGGAGGGACUGAAGGGGGAGAGCGCCGGGUGCGGCGGCUGCCGGAACAGGACUUGCACUAGUUUUACUUCUAAUUGUAAAGAAUGUAUUUUUAUUACCACAGGGAAAAUGAGUUCACACACACAAUUCUGUAUUUAUAUUGUGCUUUUGUGACUUAAAGUGACAUCUAUCUCUCAUAUUGGUUUUUUUUGGGGGGGGGUAAGUGUUUAUUUUAAUGCUGCAGUAUUUGUGAUGGGAAAAGACUUGAUUUUCUUUUCUUUUUUGUUCUGUGAGACAUUUGUAUUGCAAUAUUUAAAUGUCAAUUAAAUCUCUUUUUAUAUUUUGGCCUAAAUAUACGCCAGCCAUUACGUGGCAGAUACCAAAUAGAGUUUUUAAAGAGCUGAAA